AUAUAUUUGACUUCUUUGUCCUCUAUUGUCAAGUGACAACCCACGAUAGUCACGAUCACGGACUAGUCAACGAAAUCGGAAUUUGCAAAUUUUAUAUAAAUGACUAUAUAAACGAACGAACACACAAACCCAGAAAGAGAUAAAACAAAACAAAACAAAACAAACUCAUCUCAUUCCAAGAGAUAAGAGAAAUGGCUUGUAAAGAAAAGCCUCAAAUUCUUGUAAUCAUCAUAUUAGUUUUGAGCUCUUCUCUUUUAGCUUCAGCGACAGUUGAAGAAGCAAAUGCUCUUUUAAGAUGGAAGUCAACUUUCAAAAACCAGACAAGUUCAUCAAAGCUGUCUUCUUGGGUCAAUCCAAACUCGAGUAGGGUUUGUAACAGUUGGUAUGGUGUUUCUUGCAACAUAGGUGGUAGCAUCAUACGUUUGAAUCUUACGGGUUCGGAUAUCGAAGGUACUUUCGAAGAUUUCCCAUUCUCGUCUCUUCCAAACCUCACUUAUGUUGAUCUCAGUAUGAACAGUUUCUCUGGUACUAUCUCUCCUCUAUGGGGGAAGUUCUCGAAGCUCGUCUACUUCGAUUUGUCGAUUAAUCAGUUAGUCGGUGAGAUCCCGCCUGAGCUUGGUGAUUUGAGUAACUUAGAUACUCUUCAUCUUGUUGAGAAUAAGUUAAACGGGUCGAUUCCUUCUGAGCUCGGUAGGUUAACUAAGGUUACAGAGAUAGCUAUGUAUGACAAUCUUUUCACCGGACCGAUACCUUCUUCUUUUGGAAACCUUACUAAAUUAGUUAACCUUUACCUCUUUAUCAAUUCUCUUACUGGUCCAAUUCCUCCUGAAAUAGGAAACUUACCCAACCUUAAAGAGUUAUGUCUAGAUAGAAACAACCUUACCGGUAAAAUCCCUUCCACUUUUGGAAACUUGAAGAAUGUAACUCUUCUCAACAUGUUUGAAAAUAAGCUCUCUGGUGAAAUCCCUCCUGAGAUUGGUAAUAUGACCGCUUUAGAUACCCUUAGUCUCCACACAAAUCAGCUUACCGGUUCUAUUCCUUCAACCUUAGGAAAUCUCAAAAACCUAGCCAUUCUUCAUCUUUACCUUAACAAGCUUACUGGUUCGAUUCCGCCAGAACUAGGCAACAUGGAGAAAAUGAUUGAUUUGGAGAUAAGUGAGAACCAACUCACUGGUCCUGUUCCUGAUUCAUUUGGCAAGUUAACUGUUCUGGAAUGGUUAUUUCUUCGUGAUAACCAGCUUUCUGGUCCGAUCCCACCGGGAAUUGCUAACUCUUCAGAGCUCACUGUCCUGCAACUCGACACCAACAACUUCACCGGUUCCUUGCCUGAUACCAUCUGUAGAGGUGGCAAGCUUGAGAAUCUCACGCUAGAUGAUAAUCACUUUGAAGGUCUUGUUCCUAAGAGCUUGAGAGAUUGCAAGAGCUUGAUCAGAGUGAGAUUCAAAGGGAACAGUUUCUCAGGAGAUCUCUCUGAGUCUUUCGGAGUUUACCCAACUCUCAACUUCAUUGAUAUCAGCAACAACAAGUUUCAUGGUCAACUUUCACCCAAGUGGGAACAAAGUAAGAAGCUGGUUGCAUUCAUCCUCUCAAACAACAGCAUCACUGGAGCCAUACCACCUGAGAUUUGGAAUAUGACACAGCUAAGUCAGCUCGAUCUAUCUUUCAACCGCAUCACCGGCCAGCUCCCAGAAUCAAUCAGCAAAAUCAACCGUAUAUCAAAACUCCAACUAAACGGGAAUCAGCUAUCUGGAAGAAUACCUUCAGGAAUCAGACUCUUAUCCAAUCUUGAGUAUCUUGAUCUAUCCUCAAACAGAUUCGGGUUCGAAAUCCCCGCAACAAUCAACUCCUUGCCAAGGCUCUAUUACAUGAACCUGAGCAGAAACGAGUUGGAUCACACCAUCCCGGAGGCUUUAACAAAGCUGUCUCAGUUACAAACUCUCGAUCUCAGCUACAAUCAGCUCGAUGGAGAGAUCUCAUCACAAUUCAGCUCCUUACUCAACCUCGAAAGCCUCGACCUCUCACACAACAAUCUCUCAGGUGAAAUCCCAGCAAGUUUCAAAGCUAUGCAAGCACUAACACACAUCGAUGUAUCAUUCAACAACCUCUCAGGUCCAAUUCCAGAUAACAAAGCCUUCCAAAACGCAACUCCAAACUCACUUGAAGGUAACAAAGACUUAUGUGGUGAUAACAAAGCCUUGAAGCCAUGUGCAACCACAGGGAAGAAGAAAUCAAACAAAGAUCGAAACCUAAUCAUCUACAUACUAGUUCCAAUCAUCGGAGCAAUCAUAAUCCUCGGCGUCUGCGCCGGAAUCUUCAUCUGUUUCCGUAAACGAUCCAAACAAAUCGAAGAACACACAGAUUCAGAAUCAGGUGGCGAAACCUUAUCAAUCUUCAGCUUCGACGGAAAAGUCCGAUACCAAGAGAUCAUCAAAGCAACAGGCGAAUUCGAUCCAAAAUACCUAAUCGGAACCGGAGGACACGGCAAAGUCUACAAAGCAAAGCUCCCAAACGCAAUCAUGGCGGUGAAAAAGCUAAACGAAACAACAGACUCAUCAAUCUCAAAUCCAUCGGUAAAACAAGACUUCCUAAACGAAAUCAGAGCACUAACCGAGAUCCGUCACCGGAACGUCGUGAAACUCUACGGAUUCUGCUCGCACCGCCACAACACGUUCCUGGUUUACGAGUACAUGGAGAGAGGAAGCUUAAGGAAGGUUCUGGAGAGCGAUGACGAAGCGAAGAAGCUAGAUUGGGUGAAGAGGAUCAAUGUUGUGAAAGGUGUGGCUCAUGCGUUGUCGUAUAUGCAUCAUGAUCGGUCUCCGGCGAUUGUUCACCGUGAUAUUACUAGUGGAAACAUACUUAUCGGUGAGGAUUACGAAGCGAAGAUCUCUGAUUUUGGUACGGCGAAGCUUCUUAAGCCGGAUUCUUCGAAUUGGUCCGCCGUUGCUGGUACCUACGGCUACGUUGCUCCAGAACUAGCAUACGCAAUGAGAGUAACCGAGAAAUGCGAUGUGUAUAGCUUUGGGGUUCUAACACUAGAAGUGAUCAAAGGAGAGCAUCCAGGAGAUCUAGUUUCAACUCUAUCAUCAUCUCCGCCGGACACGACUUUAUCGGUGAAACAAAUCGCCGACAACCGGCUACCGGAUCCGGCAGGAGAGAUCAAAGAUGAGAUCUUAGAGAUUUUGAAAAUUGCACUUUUGUGCUUACACACUGAUCCACAGUCUCGUCCAACAAUGCUCUCUAUUUCCACUGCCUUUGCUUAGAAGAACUUGUCCCUUCGUCUCUAACCUUUUUUUAAUUUACCAAAUAUAUAGUUUUUAUAUAUACGUUAUUUAAUUGUGUUUUUCCAUGAUUAUGUGUCAAUAUAUUUUGUUUUAUGGAAUGGUUAGUUUUUUUAUGUGAUUACUUCUCUCUUUUGUUAUGGAUGAGUUAUUGUAACAUUCUGAUUAGUGUCAUGUCGUUAUUCUUGUUUAUGUGUUCGAAA